AUGCGAAAAUAUGAUUUUAAAGCAAUACCAAUUAUUAAUUAUUUUUAUCGGCUAUCGUUAGUAGUUUAUAUUUUUGCAGAAACAUUCGACUGCCAUUUUAAAAAAUAUGUGCAAGACAACGUGUUUGAGUAUGGACUUUUAAGAGAUGUCGUCAUAAUAACAGCGAACGCUUUGAAACUUCAUUAUUGUCACCACAUUCAAUCGGCGGUUGCUCUUGAUGUGGACAAGAUUAGAAGCCAUUUGUAUGUUUUGGAUGCUGGAUAUGAAGAAUGUUAUCCUAAAAUCGUAAUAUACGAUUUAAAAGUAUAUAAGACGGUUCAACAAACUGAAUUAUUAGGUGUUAACGGUUCAGACGUGUCUACUUUGGUGGUAGAUGCCAGACCACUCAAAGGGGAAACUAGAGUGUUUAUGGGCAGCAAGUUAGGUGGAUACAUUACAGUGUUCGACCCGGGAGAAGGAAGUUGGCACAGAGUUGCCCUAAACUGUGCCGAAGAAACGGAUGUGCCUUCUGAAUUCUUGGCCAUCUCUAAGUUCCAGUUACUUAUUUAUUUUACGUCAACUCAGUCCAAUAACAUGUACUCAGUUCCUCUGCGAGAUCUUAGGAAUUUAACCUCUUAUAUGAAACCCUCUAUUCAGAGUGACGAUUUUUUUGGUCAAUUAAAGGCUCGGUGUUUGGGUGAAAAAUUAGGUACUUCUAAAGGACUCUAUGUGGACAUUUACGGCGGCAUAAACUACGUAUACGCCAGAGAUUUCGCAGCUGUCAGGUGGAUUCCAAGUAUGGGUUUGUCAGCCGAAGGGCACAAAGUUUUAUUACAGUCGAGAAAUAAGUUGCCAGCAGUUACCAAAAUUUUAGCUGACAGCUCGUACCUACAAGUGUGGGCGAUAAAUGAAAAACCAGACUCAGAUUAUCAACGCUUCACAGUUAGAAUUAACUCGUUAACAUUCUGAAUCAGUUAUAUUUUAUCUUUCGUAAAAUUCAUUUUAAUCAAUAAUAAAUUGCGUUAUUUUUUAUACAAAUUAAAAAUGAAAAUAAUCGAGUAAAUUUGCUUAACUAAUCUAUAGGACAUAUGUUCACUUUAAGCAUACCGGCUGUUCGGAAACAGCAUAAGGAUUUCAUGUCUAUAGUAUUUACCAUAAAAUGUAAUAUUGCUUUCCGGUUUUUUACAUACUAAUGGUAGUAUUAAUUAUACAACAUGGUGCUAUA